AGCUAGGGGUUCUUUCUCUUCUUGCUUGCUUGCUUAUUUUCUUUCUUUUCAAGGUUUGCUUUAAGGCCCUUUGAGACAUUGAAUGAGUAAGAACAAGACUUAUAUGGUGAAAAGUUGCUUAAAGUGAAGAUGAUAUAUGUGGUUGUCACCUUACAUAACAAAUUUGUGUAUGUUAAAUUCUUUUUUUGGAGUUAAAUAUAGUAUAGUAGUAGUAGAGAAGAGCUAGCUAGCAAGGGUUUUUUAUUUUGCAGAGAGAAGAUAGAGGAGGAGAGAAGCUUAAGUACUUUUGCUUUUAUAUUAUUCUUCAUCUUGGGAUUUUCAAGUGCCUUAAAAAACAAAGCCAAAAAAAAGCAAAGCAAAAGCAAACUUCUCAUAUUUUUUUUCUUAAAUUAUGGAGCCUGCAAAUCUCCAUCACCACCACCAACAAUAUCAUCAACUCCAGUUCCAAGAUCAACUUCCUCUUGGUAUUUCUCCUAAUUCUUCAUCUUCUAAUUCUAGCUAUGGAGAUGCAACAAACACUACACAUACUUGGACCCCAUGUACUAUCUUGAACAGUGCUGGAACUUGUCUUAGUUCAUAUUCUAGUGGAGCAAUCAAUACUACAAACUCAAGUGAUCCAUUAUUAUUAAGGCAGCAGCAGCAGCAGCAAAGUGGCACAAACUUAAUUUCUAUGACUCAAGAUUUGGGGUUUCAUUGGGCUAAUAACAGUGUGAGCAGCCAAUUAGUAAAGCAAGAAAAUUCAUUAGAUUCAUACCCAAGAUUCACUCAAAUGUUGAAAAGUCCAUCAAAUAUAGAGGAAAGAGAAUUGAGUGAUAUGAAUGCUAAACUUUUGUUUGGAACUCUUUCUAAUUCUGGAUGUCAAAUGAUCAAUACUGGGCUUCAACUUUAUCCUGGAGAUCAUAAUCUUCUCUACUCCUCAAACUCUAGUACUACUACUAAUAAUAGAGGAAAAUUUAGUCAGAUAUAUCCCACAAUAAAUGUAUCCAACUUGAAUACUAUUAAUCAAGCAUCAUAUUUAGCAAAUUCUAGCUCUUUGGAUAUGAAUUUACAGCCGUUGGAUCUCGUCAAUUCUUCAAGAUAUGGAGGGAGCUUUAGCCAACCAUAUGGCCUAACAAAUCAUUUCCAGCAUUCAUCAAGUGAAAGUCCAGUAGAUAGCUCCUCCAGUAUAUCAGCCUUUAGUAAUGGAGUGCCUGAAGCUAAAAGGACCAGCAAUAUUUUGGAGCCUAAGGCACCUCAAAAUGCACCAAAGAAAUCAAGAGUAGAUUCACGCGCAUCCUGUCCACCCUUUAAGGUGAGAAAGGAGAAACUAGGAGAUAGAAUAGCAGCUCUUCAACAAUUGGUAGCUCCUUUUGGCAAGACGGACACAGCAUCGGUUCUAAUGGAGGCUAUUGGUUAUAUCAAAUUCCUUCAGAACCAAGUUGAGACACUAAGUGUACCAUACAUGAAAUCGUCACGCAACAAAACCAGCAGAUCACUGCAUGGAGGUGGUGGAGAGAUGAACGGAAGUGAAGAAGUAAAAAGAGAUCUUAGAAGCAGAGGGUUGUGUUUGGUGCCACUGUCUUGCUUGACUUAUAUGACGGACGGCGGCGGAGGUGUUUGGCCGCCGCCUAACUUCGCCGGAGGCACUUGAAUUAAUUACCUUGAACUCUAAGAUUUGUGAGACUGCAAUUAAUACUCUGGCUCAAAAGAGACGACUUGAGAAUUCACUUUUUUUUUUCUUUCUAUUUUAGCCCUUCUCUUUAAUGGAGCAAACUUGGUCAUUCUGUGAAAAAACAAAGGCUCAAGUUGUAGCUGGAUGGACCAAGUUUGAUCCAUUAAUGGUUUGUUAGUUUAAUUUAACGUUACUUGUUUUGAUAUUUCUAUUGCAUUCUAGACUCUCUCAAGUGUCAGUUAUGCAUAUUCAACUUUUCAAGUUAUCUCUUUUUCGUUAAA